AUGCUCAAAGUCGAGCAGGCCCCGCCGCCGGGCCACGAGCGCAAACACUCGCUCGCCGAUCUCUCACGGAAUGCGUCCGUCAUCUCCACUGGCUCGUCCGACUCUGCGCCAGAGCCCCUCCUGCUCACCCCCCCGCGCCGGCCUCGCCCCAUCCGCACCUUCUCCUCCCCACGCUCCCAGUCCCCCUCGGGCCCCACAACGCCCAGGACAACGCGUCCGCCGGCGUACAUGACCAGGGAACUCGGACUCUCGCCCGAUGAGCCGACGCCAUCGGCCCCGCUUCUGCUGCAACCCCAACACGAGACUCGCUCAAACCACGAGCGAAGACAGCGCGCGAGCUCAAAGAGCAAGUCGCGCCCUGGCUCUGUCGCUCGUCCGAGCAGAGACGACUUUGAAUUCGGAGACAUCCUCGGCGAAGGCUCCUACUCGACCGUAAUCCAUGUAACACACAAGGAAUCCGGACGAGAGUACGCCUGCAAGGUCCUCGACAAGCAGCAUCUCAAACGCCACAACAAACUCCAGACCGCCAUCGCAGAGAAGAACACGCUCGUUCGACUCACUUCCGGUCCUCCCGCCCCGAAUAGCGGCAGUGGCCAGAGCGGUCAUCCUGGCAUCGUCAGAUUGCACUACGCUUUCCAGGACGAGUGGAGCUUGUUUUUCGUCAUCGACCUCGCCCGCAAUGGCGAGCUUCAAUCUCGAAUAUCUCGCAUGGGCUCCCUUUCAACCACAUGUGCGCGUUAUUAUGCCGCACAGGUUGUCGAUGCGUUGGAUUACAUGCACCAGCGAGGCGUGAUCCAUCGCGAUUUGAAACCAGAGAAUUUGUUACUCGACGAUGCCUGGCGCAUCAAGGUGACUGAUUUCGGUACCGGCAAGCUCAUCGACAUUACUGCCGAGCAUUCAACAAAGACAUUUGUCGGCACGGCGCAGUACGUAUCUCCGGAACUCCUCGAGGCCAACGAGACCAGCAAAAGCUCGGACUUGUGGGCUCUCGGAUGCGUGCUUUACCAGAUGAUCGCCGGACGCUUCGCCUUCCAGGGUCUCUCCGAAUACCUUACUUGGCAGAAAAUCAAGCAGCUAGAGUAUUCGUUUCCAGAGGGCUUCGACGAGCAAGGCAAGGACCUCGUGCGCCGCCUCCUCGUCCGGGACCCGCUACAGCGCUUAGGCGCCGGUCCACCCGGCAGCGACCUCGAUAUGAAUGCGCUGCGAGCGCACCCUUUCUUCGCUCCGAUCAAUUGGUCGACAUUAUGGACGGACCCCGCACCGCCACUCGAGACCGGCUUAGUUCGGAGGGAGGUGCCGACACCCGGACAGGGUGAUUGGGACGAUGUUGGGCAGGCGUGGGAUGAUCUCGUAGGCGAGAGUUCGGACGAGGGGAGCACGCCAGGGCAACACGGCGAUGGCAUGGCAUGGGCACCGGAUGCGGAGGGCGCGGAGUAUGCGCUGUUCGGCAAGUCACGGGCCGCGUACGAGGUUGGUUAUGUGCCACCCGAGGACGUAGGCCCAAGAGGAGAGCUGCCGGAUUAUGCCCGCGAGCGCUUGGAGAAGCCGACGGAAGCGCCGCCUACGCCCGCUGUUGUAUCAAGUCCGGGGGCUGGCGGCCCAUCGACGCCCAUGGACGGCCAUACCAUCACCGUCGUGCAGGGUAACGGCGAUAUCCAGUUCAAGCUCCCCAGUCGGAACUCGGAGCAGACACCGCGGAGCAGCAAUACGACUGUGGUGCCCCUCGCGCAGCCGAGCGGGAGCGGGAACGGGAAUGAAGACAGCAAUGGCAAUAGCGCGGUGGACACGGAGUCGAUCAGUACUGUGUCGGCUGGUACGGGCACAGAUGGGUCACCUGAUCGCGAGUCGGUUGUGGGGAAUGGCACGGGCACCGCACCCGUCAAUGUGCCAGGACCGCGGAGCCGUCGCGAUACCUACGCCACGAGCAGCUCGGACGGUUCGCCGGUCGACAAACUCGGGCCGUUCGACACGAUGAAGCUGCGUGGGCGUAAUCGGACGAGGAGCCCUAUAGGGGGCUCCAAUAACCACUCGGAGCCCCGGCCGCCGCUCGAGCCUGACUGGUCAUCCGCUCUCGCACCUGGAGAGACUAUUCUGUUGACAGGAGAGGUGGAGGAGACGGUGAUGAAGCGGCGGACCUCGCGGUUGCUAUUGCCUAUACCCGUCACACCCCGGCGGCCGAAAGUGCGGCAGCUCGUGCUGAGUUCGCAUCGUCUGUUGUGCUUGAAGCAGACGAAGAGCGGGAGGGGGAUUGGUGUGAAGUCGGAGUAUGGGCUGAGGCCCAGUGAGAAAGAAAAGGAAAAGGACAGGCAGAAGGAGGAGAGGAUCAUGGUCACGGAGGUCGCGCAGAAGGGCGAGCGCGGUUUCGUGCUCUUCACGACGAGCAAGAACGCGUUCUUCCUCGCCCAAGAUCAGACUGCGGCGGAGAACUGGGUGCUGAAGAUUAGCGAGGCUUUGAAGAUGCACGAGCAGCAGGCGCGCGAGCGCAAGCCGUCGAAUGCUAACGCACGGACAUGA